GGAGCCCUCCCCCUCCCGCGGCGCCGCGCGCUCGCGGACAGUCGGCGCGCGGGCCGGGUCGGGCCGGCGCCCCUCAGCCUCGCGCGCUUGUCGCGUUGCCCCGGGCUCCGGGGGAUGCCCCCGGCCGAGCCCUUCUCAUGGCCGCCGACGUCUUCACGUGCUCCCCGCGCCGGCCCCGCAGCCGGGGCCGCCAGGUGCUGCUCAAGCCCCAGGUGCCUGAGGACGACGACGACUCGGACACGGAUGAGCCGUCCCCGCCGCCCGCCUCCGGCGCGGCCACCCAGUCCCGGGCCCACGCGAGCGCCGCGCCACCGCCGCCUCGGGCCGGGCCGGGCCGCGAGGAACCUCCGCGCCGGCAGCAGAUCAUCCACAGCGGCCACUUCAUGGUGUCGUCGCCGCACCGAGAGCACCCGCCCAAGAAGGGCUACGAUUUCGACACGGUCAACAAACAGACGUGCCAGACCUACAGCUUCGGCAAGACUAGCUCCUGCCACCUGUCCAUCGACGCCUCGCUCACCAAGCUCUUCGAGUGCAUGACUUUGGCCUACAGUGGGAAGUUGGUGUCUCCAAAGUGGAAGAAUUUCAAGGGCCUGAAGCUACAGUGGAGAGACAAGAUCCGGCUCAAUAAUGCCAUCUGGCGGGCCUGGUACAUGCAGUAUCUGGAGAAGCGCAAGAAUCCUGUAUGCCACUUUGUGACACCCCUGGACGGCUCUGUGGAUGUAGACGAGCACCGCCGGCCGGAGGCCAUCACCACGGAAGGGAAGUACUGGAAGAGCCGCAUCGAGAUUGUGAUCCGGGAGUAUCACAAGUGGAGAACCUACUUCAAGAAAAGGCUACAGCAGCACAAGGAUGAGGACCUCUCCAGCCUGGUCCAGGACGAUGACAUGCUGUACUGGCACAAGCACGGGGAUGGAUGGAAGACCCCCGUCCCCAUGGAGGAGGAUCCUCUGCUGGACACAGACAUGCUCAUGUCGGAAUUCAGCGACACCCUCUUCUCCACGCUCUCUUCACACCAGCCGGUGGCCUGGCCCAAUCCCCGGGAAAUAGCACAUCUGGGAAAUGCAGACAUGAUCCAGCCGGGACUGAUUCCUUUGCAGCCUAACCUGGACUUCAUGGACACCUUUGAGCCUUUCCAGGACCUCUUCUCUUCUAGCCGCUCCAUUUUUGGCUCCAUGCUACCUGCAUCUGCCUCAGCACCUGUUCCAGAUCCCAACAACACACCUGCACAGGAGAGCAUCCUGCCAACCACAGCCCUCCCCACCGUGAGCCUUCCUGACAGCCUCAUCGCGCCCCCUACUGCCCCAUCCCUGGCUCACGUGGAUGGGCAGGGCAGUGAACACACCUCCCGGACUGAGGACCCGUUUAUCCAGCCCACGGACUUCGGUUCCUCAGAGCCGCCACUGAGUGUCCCGCAGCCCUUCCUCCCCGUCUUCACCAUGCCCCUGCUGUCUCCCAGCCCCGCCCCACCGCCCAUCUCCCCUGUGUUACCGUUAGUUCCUCCUCCUGCCACUGCCCUGAACCCCCCGGCUCCACCCACCUUCCAUCAGCCACAGAAGUUUGCUGGAGUCAACAAAGCACCGUCUGUCAUCACCCACACGGCCUCUGCCACCCUCACCCACGACGCCUCCGCCACCACCUUCAGCCAGAGUCAGGGCCUUGUGAUCACCACCCAUCACCCUGCCCCGUCAGUGGCGCCUUGUGGGCUGGCACUGUCUCCUGUCACCCGGCUUCCCCAGCCACGGUUAACUUUUGUGCACCCCAAACCUGUAUCCUUGACUGGGGGCAGGCCUAAGCAGCCCCACAAAAUAGUGCCUGCUCCCAAAUCAGAGCCCAUGUCCUUGGUGUUGAAGAACGCCUGCAUCGCCCCAGAGUCUCUGUCGCCCAGGCUGGAGUACAGUGGCAUAAUCUCGGCUCACUGCAACCUCCCCUUCCCGGGUUCAAGCAAUUCUCCUGCCUCAGCCUCCCGAGUAGUUGGGAUUACAGCUGCCUUUUCAGGCCAACCACAAGCGGUGAUCAUGACGUCAGGGCCUCUGAAGAGAGAAGGGAUGUUGGCCUCCACCGUCUCCCAGUCCAACGUGGUCAUUGCGCCUGCUGCCAUCGCCAGGGCUCCUGGGGUCCCGGAGUUCCACAGCAGCAUCCUGGUAACAGAUCUCGGCCAUGGCACGAGCAGCCCGCCUGCCCCCGCCUCCCGGCUCUUCCCAAGCACAGCGCAAGACCCCCUGGGGAAGGGCGAGCAGGUCCCGCUGCAUGGGGGCAGCCCCCAGGUCACUGUCACAGGGCCCAGUCGGGACUGCCCAAACUCAGGGCAGGCCUCUCCGUGUGCAUCGGAGCAGAGCCCCAGUCCUCAGUCUCCCCAGAACAACUGCUCAGGGAAAUCUGACCCCAAAAAUGUGGCUGCACUAAAGCUCUCUAGCCCUGGCCCUUGGGCACCCAGGAUCAGCAUAGGGGGUGAGGAGGGGUGGACGUGCCUGCAAUGUGCCUGUCUCAGUGACCAGCGGGUUCUCCAGCAGAACCGGCAGAUGAAGCACAUCUCAGCUGAGCAGAAAAGGCGCUUCAACAUCAAGAUGUGCUUUGACAUGCUCAACAGCCUCAUCUCCAACAAUUCCAAGCUGACCAGUCACGCCAUCACACUGCAGAAGACCGUGGAGUACAUCACCAAGCUGCAGCAGGAGAGGGGCCAGAUGCAGGAGGAGGCCCGGCGGCUGCGGGAGGAGAUCGAGGAGCUCAAUGCCACCAUCAUCUCCUGCCAGCAGCUGCUCCCUGCCACGGGAGUCCCUGUUACCCGGCGCCAGUUUGAUCACAUGAAAGACAUGUUUGACGAAUACGUGAAAAGCCGGACCUUGCAGAAUUGGAAGUUCUGGAUUUUCAGCAUCAUCAUCAAGCCGCUGUUUGAGUCGUUCAAGGGCAUGGUGUCCACCAGCAGCCUGGAGGAGCUGCAUCGGACGGCGCUGUCCUGGCUGGACCAGCACUGCUCCCUGCCCAUCCUCAGGCCGAUGGUAUUGAACACGCUGCGGCAGCUGAGCACCUCCACCUCCAUCCUCACAGACCCCGCACAGCUGCCAGAGCAGGCGUCCAAGGCUGUCACCAGGAUCGGCAAGAGAUUGGGAGAGUCCUAGCUGCUUAGCUGGCAUGUGGCCGCAUGAGAUGCCAGGAGACCCUUCCCUGCCCAUGGAGAGUAGGCUGCGCCCCCCAGCCCUUCCUGACGCUCAGCCUCAGGGCCUCUCUCCAACUCUGCCGGCCCACCGUGGCGUCGGGAGGCCAUGCUCAGGUCUGAAGCAGGUUCCGGGCCUGCUGACAGCAAUAGCCUGCCUUCGGGAACUGCUGUGAACUCUCUCACUCAGUGACCUCAGUCACCAACCUCCUCUGCCCUCGGGGCAGCCCACACAAAAGGGAAGUGCUGGCCAUGCUGGUCCUGCCCUACUGGUGGCCUGCCGGGCCCGGCACCAGUGAGCGGAAUUGAUGGGAUGAGGGUGACAGGGCCUGCUCCUGUCCUGAGGCCCAGCCUUGUCCCUCCUGCCAUGUCCUGUCCACAUGCAUGCCUCUGCCUGAUGCCCUGCUCCACUCUCUGGUCUGCCUGUGUGGCAGUUGGAAGGUGUCUUUCUUUCUCCCCUCAACUCUGACCGUGCCCGGCCCUUGUGGAUGGACUUGGGCUUCUAUUCAGGCUUAUGCAUGGCAGGCUGCCAGGGAGAAGUGCCUUCUUCAGAGGCCCUCCAGGACACAUGUGUGCAGAAACAGUGGAUGUGGGACACACAGGACCAUAAUGGAAGCGUGUGAUGCACGAUGGCGGCUCUGGCUGAGAGGCCCUGCUGGGCAUGUUUCAUCUGUCCCCUUUUAGCUCCACCUGACGUUGCAGGAUCCACGGGACUCAGCCCAGGGCCUUCUUGGAUGUCACCUCACUGCCGUGGCCCUUCUGCCGUUCUUCUCCACUUGGCUCCAGCUGCAACUGUUGACAGAUCAAGCAUGUCCAGUGGGAGCUUAGAACCCUGAAGUUCUAGUGUCUGAAAGAUCAGACUCCAUGUCCUGCUGUCAGCCUUGUCAUCUUGUCUGAUGUCUUUCAGCUGGGAGCCCCAAACCAGGACAGUUCUCGGACCAAAGAUGCCCCCACACUCAAAAGUCUGUCCCGUCUUGUGUUUGAAGAAGGAAACAAUGUUGGCGGGCAGCACUCUAUGGUGGUCAGCCUUCAGAGCUGUUUCUAGGCAUCUCAGAUCAGACAGCAAAGAAUCUACCCAGAUCUGGGCUGGGUGGAGGCAUGGCUGGGCUGGGGGCCAUUCUGAGCCUGCAGCAAGAGGUUGGCCCAGCCUCAGUCCUUGGCCUUCUCUGGCUGCCUCUGCAGGGAGCUGCAGGGGCAAGCACUCUCUCCAGCACUCAGGAAGCCCGGCUGAGGGUACCUCCUCGUGGAAAGAACACGCUUUAAAGCUCUGCUGAGGAGUUCGGAGCCCAGGCUUUCAGGCGACCUCUGCCCUCCCUGCCUCUCCUCGCCCUCCCUCUCUGCCUGCAGGGCCUGGGAUGGGCUUUGAGGGAGCCUGGGAGCCAUCUGAAGAGGGGCACCCCUGGGCUGUCCCCAAAUUUUAGAUCCAGUUAGAGGUUCUCCCUGGCUCCUGCAGGCCUGCGGGGAUCUCUCCCCACUUCAGGCCUCCGGCCAGCUGCCUGCCCCCUUGUCUAUGCUUCAACCCUGCACAAAAGGAGCUUGGUGACACCACUCAGCCACCCAGAGCGCGUGUUGACAGGCUUUCCAGAUCACCUUCCUGUGGGGUGAACGUAAGAUGAGACUGGGCUGGUCCUUGGAAUUUCCCCUAGGAAAUGGUAAUAGACUCCAUUCUUGACCCAGGGAUAAGCAUGAAGGCAUUGUCCCAAAGGCAGAGGCCACCGUGGUAGGAAUUCCACCAAGGCCAGAAGGGAAAAAGGAAGAACCCACCGUGUCCGGCUGUGCGGGCCCUGGGGAGGGUCACAAGUGCAGCCCCUCUCUACUUCUGUGCCUUUGUAAAACGUGUAGAUAACCGCAGUGGUUGGCUGAGCCAAGAACUCUCCUAAAUCAGUGGCUUUCUCCCCACCCCUUGCUGGGGAGUCAUUUUUUUAAAACUCCAUGGGAUAUAAAAUUGGCCUCCUGCUGCUUCAGCCUACCUCUCUCUCUGCUGACUUAAUGUCGUGAUUCUGUUUCUUCAGAUAUUUAAGGCUGUUAGGUUGUGUGAGCCUUAAAGAGUGUGUGUGUGUGUGUGUGUCCCAGUGACUGUCCACUGUUCAGGAGAUGCAUGUCUUUGUAUUGGAGAUAUUUCUGUAAGUCAUUCUCUUGGUGCUCACGAUUGCCAUGGCCAUAGGGCCACAGUGCCGUAUCUGCUGCAGACAUGAUUGUUUCUUGUUCUAGAGGUUUUCUUGUUUUCGAAUCUUGCCUGAUGAAUCCAGCCAGACCAAGAGGCCUAGAUUUGACCUCUGUCCUGGGCUCCUGGGCCAGGUGCAGGGACAUCUGAGGCCACUCUGCUGGCCACCUCCAGUGGGUGCUGACCACAGGAUGGGCUUUGUUUACACUCAUUUUCACCCUGAUUCUUGCCCCCACUUUCAUAAAAGAAACUUCAAAAUGCUGACGCUUUGGAGAGUAAGAAGAUCAAUCUUGGCCGGGUGCGGUGGCUCCUGCCUGUGAUCCCAGCACUUUGGGAGGCUGAGGCUGGAGGAUCACUUGAGCUCAGGAGUUGGAGACCAACGCUGGCAACUUAACAAGACCCUGUCUCUACAAAAAAAAAAAAAUUUAGCCGGGUGUGGCAGUGAGUGCCUGUGGUCCAGCUAGUUGGGCCUGAGGCUGGAGGAUUGUUUGGGCCUAGAAGUUGCAGUGAACUAUGAUCAUGCCACACUGUACUCCAGCCUGGACGACAGAGUGAAACCUUGCCUCUAAAUAAAAGAAAAUAGAGGCCGAGUGUGGUGGCUCAUGCCUGUAAUCCCAGCACUUUGGGAGGCCAAGGCGGGUGGAUCACCUGAGGUCAGGAGUUCACGACCGGCCUGACCAACAUGGUGAAACCCUGUCUCUACUAAAAAUACAAAACAUUAGCUGCAUGUGGUGGUACAUGCCUGUAAUCCUAGCUACUCGGGAGGCUGAGUCAGGAGAAUCAGUUGAAUCUGGGAGGCGGAGGUUGCAGUGAGCCAAGAUUGUACCACUGUACUCCAGCCUGGGUGACAGAGCGAAACCCUAUCUCAAAAAAAAGAAAAGAAAAAAAUAGAAAAUCCAAAAAGAAAAACCAGAAGACCUGCUGGCUUAUAAAUCCCUGGGCGGGUUUCUGAGAAAUCGCCCUGUGCUGUCAGUCCCUGCACUGCACUGCUGCCUUCUGUAGUGGGUGGGAGACCCCAGAGCAGGGUAGGCGCCACUGAGGGCCUUUCUUGGAGUCGGCCAGCAGGCCACGCAGCAUCCGGACAGGCUGGCUAGCCGCUGCCUUAGGACAUCUCUACUUUGGAGGAUUUUACCACAGGAAGCAACAGCAGUGCUGGCCAUUGGUGCUGAUGACAGCAUUGGUUGUGGUUGAGGGGAUGGGGCUGGAAAGUGGCAGACCCCCCAGCGCUGCGCGUGGUCCCGGAGCCGUCAGCCAGGGGAGUGGGGUCAGCGGUCAGCCAGCCCUCCCGUUUCUUGCCCAUGGGCCCUGACCACACUCCCUUUUCUAGAAGUCAAUCCUAAGGUUUCUCUGCUCUGGCUAAGAGGUUGUAAAUUUGGAUUCUUAGAGGACAUGGCACCCCCAGUCCCUGCCCAGAUAAAGGAGCACAGUGGCAUGCAGCACCUCUGUCUGUUGCUGGGGUGGGGGGGCUCACGCACCCACCUCAUCUCCGUGCACAGCUGUGACUGGCCCCGCCGGCAGCUAGGGUGCAGGUAAGGGUCUCUCUCAGAGAGGGGAGCUGCAGCUGAGAACUGGCGAGGCCCCUUCCUCCAAGGCCCUAGCUGGCCCCUGGGCAAACCUGAGGUGGCAGGUUCAGGUUUUCAAGAUGGCGAGAUCUCGCUGUCUGCUGGACAGGAUGUUAUGCUCUCAGAACUCGUGGGAGUGGAGCUGGGCCUGUCCCGGGCCAAUGGACCCCUGUGUGGGGGGGAUUUGGGGUGCUGUGGGCCUGGUUCUGCACUGGCAGAUGGACCUUGCUUUGGUCCAGCUCUUUCCUUACCCUGGCUCUGACAUGGGAAGGCUUGGAGGGCCCCUCUCAUCACCUCCAUUCGCCCUCAGCUGUCCCUUUCCCUUGUCGCCUGGCCCCUGCCUCGCCCACCUGAGGCCUCCUAGCAGGCAGCCUGGGUGUGAAUUGAACCUCUCUCUUUUCCCUCUGGUGGGAAAGUGGCCUUUCCCUCGACACCUGCUCCCCAGCCCCAGAGGAACCCACCUGUUUUGGAGCUCAGCUUGGCCCAGCGUUUCCUUGGGGAAGGGAAAUGAGGGCUGGACAGCACUGAUCCGGGCAGGCAGUGUGUGCAGCAGUGGCCAGCCAGGGUGCCAAAGAUGCACGGGGAUGUGGCAUGUGGCUCCGCGCCCUUGACAUCUCUGCUUUGGAGGAUUUUACCUUGUCUGCACACCUGUCAGGGGAGAGGGGACAGCAAGGUGGGAGGUUGAAGAGCUUUGAGGCUCAGCAGCAUGUUUGUGGCAUUCAGUGGACACCGUGGCCUUGGGCGGCUGGACGGGUUUUUGUGCUGUGAGGGACACACAUGGGGCAGGUGGUAAGCUUGGCAAGGGCUCCAGGAACGCUGACAAAGCGUUUUAGGACCCCCACCCCCAUGCCUGUACCAGGGCUGGCCUCCAGAAUGGGUGAGGACCGAGUAGCUGCAGGCUUUUCAUUCUGAGGUCUUGGCCCCCCUGGCCACCGCAUGGGACUCUGCUUGUCAGAGCUUGCAAAAAUCAACCUUCGAGAAAGAAAAGGGAACUCUUCACGUUGAAUGUUGAUUUUGUGUGUAUGUGUGUGUGUGUGUGUGUGUGUGUGCACGCGUGCUUGCACUUGCACAAGCUUGCGUGUGCGUGUUUACUUCAUGGAAUUUUGUUUUGUGAAAUUCCCCUCCGAUCGUGUCAGAAUUUACCUCCAUGCCCCAGUCACACUGUUGGUUCUGCGCGCUGAACCUGGGUGUAGCUCAUUUGAAGGACUCUCUUCUGCGUUUCCUAACAGUUAUUUGGUGGUCUCAAGAGUUGAGGUUGUGGAGGGUUGGGAGAAACUGAAGUUCUAUACAUUUCCAUAGAGUUUACAUCCUGCAGUUAAAAGGCAGGAAGGGCUCAGCCCGGGCCCCACAGCUCCAGGCCAUCCCCCACGGGCCGCCCACAGUGCCCCCGUUUCUCUAGCUGAAUUUUUUUCGAACAGCCCGGGAAGGGAAAACGGAUUCGCUUGCUGAUUUUGUUCACAGUGGAAGCACCAUGUUCUGUACCUUUUUCAGGUUCAGUUUGUUGUGUAAAUGGCGGUUUUUUCUGGUGUGAGCUUUGGUGAUUGUGGCAGGGCUCCUUUGAGGAGACGGUUCCACCUCGUGGUCUGAAGAACAAACCGGAGAAGAGUCUGGUUUGGCCAGAGGCCCCCUCCAGCCCAUGUCACCCUGAGUACACCCCUCUGAUGCUCUGCUGUCAAGAAGCACGUUUCCACCAGCUGUAUUCAACACUACAAUGCAUUUUUUAAACUAUUUGCAUCCAAGACAAUAAAGAAACCUUAUUUUUUUUGAAAA